UAAAGUUAACGCGGCAGGUGACAACCACCCACCACCGGCUCUUGGCAGGGGUUUAACGCUGCAAGUUUGAACCGAAAACCUACUCCUUUCACCUAGUCCACCACAAUAUAUACAUAACGAAGCCAUGUCUUCGGCCAGCCGAGCCGGACUACAGCAGCAUGGCGACCCAGGUCAGAGCGGCAGAGACCUGGCUGGAGGGAUAAUGUACACCGAAAAGCUUCCCGAGCUCCAACCCUCCAGAUGUUUACCAAAGCCAGCGGCCAACGUCAAAGAUAAGCAGACGCCGCUGAAGAACCAGCUCCGCCUCCUCCACACUCAGCCCGGCCGCGUGUGGAGACCGGCCCGCCACGGGAUGCUCCUCCCGGGAUGGGACACGCCGCCGCCGCCGCCGCCGCCGCCCUCGUCCUCCUUUCAUCAGCGCGCACCGCGGGAGGAAGGACUCCCAAAGCGAGCGUAUGCAAACACUUUACCGGAGCUACCGGCACAUGUCAAGGAAAAGAGGGCCCAGCUGGUGCAGAGAGGCGUCGCCGCGCCGACCCCCUCUCCGCCCAAUCAGCCGCCCGCCUCCAAGAGAACCAGAAGGCAGUCCCUCUCCGGCCUCUCCCGGGGCUCCCCCGCCGCGAGGCCCUCGCCCGCGGCGGCGGCGGCGGCGGUGGGGGACGCGGCCGUCCUCAGCCCCCCCGACAUAAUCAGACUCAUCCGGAGCAAACCGGACGUCGGCUUCCUCUACAUGACGUCGGCCGUGCCCAGGUCCUCCAUCAACUACGACCCUUUCUACCUGAAAAUCGUAACGUACGAGAACCUCCCCAAGCACGACUACCUCACGGUGAGCCUGGAAGGCGUGCUGUCCGUGACCGAGGACACGCACGACCACGUGCCCCUGGAGCGCUGGGAGCAGGAGUACCACCUCCACCGCCGUCUGCUGCUCAUCCCCACCUUCGCCCGCUUCCCCAAGUGGAGGGCCUUCCGCCUGUGGCGCAGCAACGUCCGCGCCAAGAAGAUCCACAAGGACAGGGAGUCACUGCAGGAGAGCCUCAUCAUCGUCAACAAGUCUCUCCGCCCGGCUCUGAUGGACAUACGGGAGAUGUGCUACUGCCUCAGCGACCUGGGUCUGUGCCACAGCGAGGCCGACCGCACCUACGGCCUGCGGGAGUUCCAGGAGAUCCAGCACCGACAUCUGGAAGAGGUGUCUUCGAGGCUGGAGGAGUUUCGGGAGCAGGUGAAGGCGGUGGCCAUGGACGCCUGCCGCAGUGCCAUGCGAGAGGAGGGAUACACACCGGACUCUGACCAAAGGAGGCUGAGCUACAUGGAAAAGCUCAAGAAGCAACACCACUGCAUUCGCCUCACGUGCUUUGUGCGGCUGAUUGACUACUUGGUGGUCCACACCAUGUACACCCUGAUGGCGAACUCUGUGGCCGGACUGCUGACGGCCUUCCAGGACCAGGUGGGUCAGACCCCCGGGCGGGCCAGCAUCCAGCGCUGGGGCCAGCGUGAGACCACCACAGAGGCCCCCUCUGAAGAGAAGACGGAGGGGACGGAGCAAACGGAGGAGGUGGUGGAGAUGGAGGAGGUGGAGGAGGGGCCGGCUCGGAGGUCUGCCGACGGUGACGCCGUCGCCCCCACCAGGCCCAUGUUCAGCACCGAGCUGAUGCUGGACACACAGACCCUCACCUACCAGCCGUCGCAGGACCACUUUCAGGAGACCAUAGGAGAAAUCCUGGGCCGCUGCCGGGAGACGGUGUUGUCUGUCGACACACUCGUGGCGGAUGAUUAUUUUAAUUCCUUUACUCAGCCCAUAAUUAACAACAAGGUGGAAGAGAAGACGUGUGGUGAGGGUCCCUGUUUGGAAGCCAUUCUAGAAGAUGACACCAACGUCAAGACCAUCAUCCAGAACAUCAAGCAAUCGCUGCAGGUGGCCUUUGACUCCGCCCAUGUAUACUCCUCCACCUUCGAGCACUUCUGGAACUUCUACAAGGAGAACGAGAGCCUCAAUCUGGAUGAACUGCAAACACAAGAUCACGACGUGGUGUUUUUUAGGGAAAGUCUCCAGAAGUAUCACUGGCAGUAUAAACAAGCCCUGGCCAUCACACAACAGAGACAACUGGGGCUGCUCCUAGUGGACACGGCUCAGCUGAAAAACAACCUCACCCCAUCUCCCCUACGCUGUCUGGAGACCGUCCAUGAGAUGCUGCCCCUGCUGGCCAAGAAGAGGCUGGACGCCAUCAUGUCCGAGUCCCUGGACGCCCAGAUCAGGCUGGGGGUCGUCCCCUCGGCCACCACCGAGUUCGUCAACUCCCUGACCUUCCUGGACGAGAUACAGGAAAGAAUCUCAGUGCUGGAGGAGCAGCAGGAGGUGGUGUCUCAGAUGUACCAUCUGAUCCAGACGUACGAGGUGCCCACGCCCCCAGAGGACCUGGCCAUGUUCGCCACGCUGGGCCCGUCCAUGACGGCCGUGCAGGGCGCCGUGGAGAAGGCGUCCGCGGAGAGGGACGCCAACGUGGACAAGUUCUGCACCUUCCUGCAGAGAGACAUCAAGGAGCUCAACCAGGAGGUCAAGGCCGUCAAGGAGAAGGCGCACGACGGUCAGAUCCUGGACAUCGCUGCUGACCCGGCCAGAGUGCGUCUGCUCCUGGGGACAUCCAGAUCUCCAUCGACGAGCUCCACGCCCAGGCCACCACCUACAGCUCCUACCAGAGGAGAUUCCAGAUACACAUGCAUGCAACUCCCCAGCUCCGGGGACCUGUGGGGCGUGUACAUGAACCUGGAGCACCAGCGGCUGGAGCCCUGGGAGGAGAUCCUGCCCUCCUUCCGGUUCCACAGGGACCAGGCCUUCUGCGACAUGCUGGUGCCCACCACCGACACCGUGCGCUACGGCUACCUCAUGCAGCGCCUGCUGUCCGUCCGCCGCUCCGUCCUCUUCACCGGCCUGACCGGGGUGGGCAAGUCGGUGGUGGCCCGUGGUCUGCUGAACGGGGUGCAGGAGGAGGCGGGCUACCUCCCCGUCUACAUCAACUUCUCGGCCCAGACGUCGUCCGCCCGCACCCAGGAGAUCAUAGAGUCCAAGCUGGACAAGAAGAGGAAGAACCUCCUGGGUGCUCCUGUCAAUAAGAAGGUGGUGAUCUUCGUGGACGAUCUCAACAUGCCCAAGCUGGACACGUACGGCUCCCAGCCCCCCAUAGAGCUGCUGAGGCAGUUCCAGGACUUCUCCGGCUUCUACGACCGGGAGAAGUUCUUCUGGAAGGAAAUAAAGGACAUGACCAUAGCGGCGGCCUGCGCUCCCCCCGGCGGGGGCCGUAACCCCGUCAGCCCCCGCUUCAUGCGCCACUUCAGCAUGCUGUGUCUGCCCACGCCCUCCGAGCACAGCCUCAAACGCAUCUUUAAUGCCAUCCUGAGCGGUUUCUUCAGUGACUUCCCCCAGGCGGUGCGGGGCUGCGCCGGCAGCAUCGUGAACGCCGCGGUGGAGAUCUACCAGCGCAUGAGCGUCGACCUGCUGCCCACGCCCGCCAAGUCCCACUACGUCUUCAACCUGCGCGACCUCUCCAAGUGUGUGCAGGGCAUGCUGCAGUGCCAGCCGGGCACGGUGAGGGACCAGACUCAGACUUUCCGUCUCUUCUGCCACGAGUGCCAGCGCGUGUUCCACGACCGGCUCAUCAACAACCAGGACAAGACCUACUUCAAUGUCAUCGUCUCGGAGAUGGCCAGCAAAUACUUCAACCUAAACCUGGAGCCCAGUUACUUUGUGACCAAGCCGAUCAUUUUCGGCGAUUUCAUUAAGAUGGGUGCUGCGAAGGAGGGGCGCGUGUACGAGGACCUGACGGACAUGGACCGGAUCCGGGCGGUUCUCCAGGACUACCUGGACGACUACAACAGCGUCUUCUCCAAGGAGACCAAGCUGGUGUUCUUCCAGGACGCGGUGGAGCACGUGGCCAGGAUAGCCCGUAUGAUCCGCCAGGAGCGCGGCAACGCCCUGUUGGUGGGCGUGGGCGGCACGGGCAAGCAGGCGCUGACCCGGCUGGCCUCGCACAUAUGCGGCUACACCUGCUUCCAGAUCGAGCUGAGCCGCGGCUACGGCUACGACAGCUUCCACGACGACCUGCGCCGCCUCUGCAAGAUGGCGGGCGUGGAGGAGCGAGACAUGGUCUUCCUCUUCACGGACACCCAGAUCGUGCUGGAGGAGUUCCUGGAGGACGUCAACAACAUGCUGAACUCGGGAGAGGUGCCCAACCUGUUUGAGAAGGACGAGCUGGAGCAGGUGCUGGCGGCCACACGGCCCAAGGCCAAGGAGGCCGGCAUCAACGAGGGCAACCGCGACGAGGUGUUCCAGUACUUCGUGACCCGGGUGCGCGCACGGCUCCACAUCGUGCUCUGCAUGAGCCCCGUGGGCGACGCCUUCCGCUCGCGCUGUCGCAUGUUCCCCUCGCUCGUCAACUGCUGCACCAUCGACUGGUUUGUGCAGUGGCCACGGGAGGCGCUGCUCUCCGUGUCCCAGACCUUCUUCCAGCACGAGGACUUCGGCGGCGGCGAGGAGCUGAAGGCCAGCUUCUCCCUGAUGUGCGUGGAGGUCCACGUCAGCGUCACCGACAUGGCGGAGCGCUUCUACGGAGAGCUGCGCCGCCGCUACUACACCACGCCCACCUCCUACCUGGAGCUCAUCAACCUCUACCUGGCCAUGCUGCGGGAGAAGAGGGAGCAGCUGGUGGUGGCCCGGGACCGCGUGAAGAACGGCCUCACCAAGCUGCUGGAGACCAACGUCCUGGUGGACAAGAUGAAGAUCGACCUGUCGGCACUGGAGCCCGUGCUGCUGCAGAAGUCCACCGACGUCAACGCGCUGAUGGAGAAGCUGGCCGUGGACCAGGAGAGCGCCGACAAGGUGCGCGAGGUGGUGAAGGAGGACGAGGCCUUGGCCACGGUGAAGGCCGAGGACACCCAGGCCAUGGCGGACGACGCCCAGCGGGACCUGGACGAGGCUCUGCCCGCCCUGGAGAGCGCCAACAAGGCCCUCAACGCCCUGGACAAGGCCGACAUCUCCGAGAUCAGGGUCUUCACCAAGCCCCCCGACAUGGUCAUGACCGUCAUGGAGGCCGUGUGCAUCCUGCUCAACGCCAAACCGGACUGGGCCGGGGCCAAACAGCUGCUAGGGGACUCCACCUUCCUGAGGCGCCUGAUGGAGUACGACAAAGCCAACAUUAAGCCCCAGAUCCUGAUGAAGCUGCAGAAAUACGUCAACAAUCCCGACUUCAUCCCGGAGAAGGUGGAGAAGGUCUCCAAAGCCUGCAAAUCCAUGUGCAUGUGGGUCAGAGCCAUGGACCUGUACUCCCGGGUCCUGAAGACAGUGGGCCCCAAGAGAGCCAAGCUAGCCGCGGCGCAGGCGGAGCUGGACGAGACCAUGGCCACGCUGGCGGAGAAGCAGGCCCAGCUGCAGGCGGUGCAGGAGCAGAUCAGAGUCCUGCAGGAGCAGUUCACCAGCAGCAUGGCUGAGAAGGACGAGCUGGCCCAGACCAUGGCCCUGACAGAGAGGCGGCUGGGCCGCUCGGGGAAGCUGACGGCGGCGCUGGGCAGCGAGCAGGCCCGCUGGGCCGAGAGCAUCGCGCUCUUCGAGGAGGAGAUCCACAACGUGGUGGGCAACGUGUUCAUCGCGGCCGCCUGCGUGGCCUACUACGGGGCCUUCACCGCCCAAUACCGCCAGCUGCUCAUCGACCACUGGAUGGCGCAGUGCCAGGAGCUGUCCAUCCCCAUCAGCGAAAGCUUCAGCCUGAUCAACAUCCUUGGCGACCCCUACGUCAUCCGCCAGUGGAACAACGAGGAGUUGCCCCGGGAUACCGUCUCCACGGAGAACGCCAUCCUGGUGACCCGAGGCCGGCGCUGGCCCCUCAUGAUCGACCCCCAGGAUCAGGCGAACCGAUGGAUUCGGUCCAAGGAAAGUAAGAACGGGCUGAAGGUGAUCAAGCUGACGGACUUCAGCUUCCUGCGCACGCUGGAGAACGCCAUCCGCAUGGGCAUGCCCGUGCUGUUGGAGGAGUUGAAGGAGACCGUCGACCCAGCCCUGGAGCCCAUCCUGCUGAAGCAGACGUUUGUGUCAGGCGGCCGCCUGCUGAUCCGCCUCGGGGACUCGGACAUCGACUACGACAAGAACUUCCGCUUCUACAUGACCACCAAAAUGGCCAACCCACACUACCUGCCUGAGGUGUGCAUCAAAGUGACCAUCAUCAACUUCACCGUGACCAAGUCUGGCCUGGAGGAUCAGCUGCUAAGUGACGUGGUUCGUCUGGAGCGUCCGGACCUGGAGGAGCAGAGGAACCAGCUCAUCGUCCGCAUCAACGCCGACCGCAACCAGCUGAAAGCCAUCGAGGACCGCAUCCUGAAGCUGCUCUUCACCUCCGAGGGGAACAUCCUGGACAACGAGGAGCUGGUGGUCACCCUGCAGGAGUCCAAGGUGACGUCGGAGGCCAUCCAGCUGCGGCUGCAGGAGGCGGAGGCCACGGAGGAGAUGAUCAACGCCGCCCGCGAGCGCUACAGGCCCGUGGCCACGCGCGGCUCCCUCAUGUACUUCGUCAUCGCCAGCCUCUCGGAGAUCGACCCCAUGUACCAGUUCUCCCUCAAGUACUUCAAGCAGCUCUUCAACGGGACCAUCGAGACGUCGGAGCCCGACAGCGAGCUGGAGCGCCGGCUGCAGACGCUGCUGGACCAGACGCUGCUGGCCUCCUACUCCAACGUGGCGCGGGGCCUCUUCGAGCGCCACAAGACCAUCUACAGCUUCCUGCUGUGCCUGGAGAUCAUGAGGCAGCGGGGGGAGGUGUCCGAGGCCGAGUGGCAGCACUUCCUGCGCGGGGCGCCGGCCCUGGACGAGGGGUGCGCGGCCCGGCCCGACGCCCCGUGGCUCAGUGACCUCCAGUGGCAGACGUGCUGCGGGCUGGAGAGCACGCUGCCCUGCUUCAGGGGCCUCGGCCGCAGCCUCACCAGCUCCAACAUCUGCAUCAAGCUGGGCCGUAUGCAGGCGUCCGUCAACCCCGAGAGCUGGGAGGGCUACGACUCCCUGGAGGCGGGGGGGCCGAGCCAGCGGAGCCACUGGAACGAGAAGCUGGGCGACUUUCAGAAGCUGCUGCUCAUCAAGAGCUUCAUGGAGGAGAAGGUGGUGUUCGCCGUCACCCAGUUUGUGAUCGUGAGCCUGGGGCAGCCGUUUGUGGAGAACCCGCCGGUGGACCUGGCCACGCUGUACGGCGACAUGACGCCCGCCACCCCGCUGCUCUUCAUCCUCAGCACGGGCUCCGACCCCAUGGGGGCCUUCCAGCGCUUCGCCAAGGAGAGGGACUGCCUGGACAGGGUGAAGUCCAUCUCACUGGGCCAGGGCCAGGGCCCGAUCGCCGAGAAGCUCAUCCGGGAAGCCCUGGAGAGCGGCGAGUGGAUCUUCCUCCAGAACUGUCACCUGGCCGUCUCCUGGAUGCUGGCCAUGGAAGAGCUCAUUAAAACCUUCACGGAGCCCGACACCUCCAUCCAUCAGAACUUCCGUCUGUUCCUCAGCUCCAUGCCCAGCAAAGUGUUCCCCGUUACCGUGCUGCAGAACUCUGUCAAAGUGACCAACGAGCCGCCCAAAGGCCUGCGGGCCAACGUGCGGCGGGCCUUCACCGAGAUCUCCGGAAGCUACUUCGAGGAGCACGUCCUGGGGCGCCCCUGGAGGAAGAUCGUGUUCGGAGUCUGCUUCUUCCACGCCAUCAUACAGGAGAGGAAGAAGUUCGGGCCUCUGGGCUGGAACAUCGGCUACGAGUUCAGCGACAGCGACCGGGAGUGUGCCCUGCUCAACCUUCAGCUCUACUGCAAGGACACCACCAUACCCUGGGACGCUCUCACCUACAUCACCGGUGAGAUCACCUACGGGGGCCGGGUGACAGACGCCUGGGACCAGCGCUGUCUCCGGACCGUCCUGAAGGGCUUCUUCUCCCCGGGGACCCUGGAGCCCGGCUACACCUACUCCCCCUCAGGUGUCUACCUCGCCCCAGAAGAAGACCGGCUGGACGUGUACAAGAAGUACAUCGAGAGUCUGCCCAUCCUGGACGACCCCGAGGUCUUCGGCAUGCACGAGAACGCCAACCUCGCCUUCCAGCGGCUGGAGACCCUGACGCUGAUCAGCACCAUCCUGGAGGUGCAGCCGCGCUCCUCCGCCCAGGGCGGGGGCAAGAGCAACGACGAAAUCAUCCACGAGCUGGCCGACGCCAUCUUGGCUAAGAUACCCGAGCGUCUGGAUAUGGACGAGGCUGAGGAGCAGCUCUUCGUCCGGGACGCCAGCGGCCGGCUGGACUCCCUGACCACGGUGCUGGGGCAGGAGGUGGACCGCUUCAACCACCUGCUCAGGGUGCUCAGGACCUCUCUGAGCACGCUGCAGAAGGCCCUGGCCGGCCUGGUGGUGAUGUCGGAGGAGAUGGAGCGCAUCUCCAGCAGCUUCCUCAACAACCAGGUGCCCUCCCACUGGGCCGGCGCCGCAUACCCCUCCCUGAAGCCGCUGGCCUCCUGGGUCCGCGACCUGGCCCUCCGCACCAGCUUCAUCCAGAGCUGGAUCACACGCGGUCAGCCCAAAUCGUUCUGGAUUUCCGGAUUAUUCUUCCCCCAGGGCUUCCUCACCGGGACGCUCCAGAACCACGCCCGGCGUUACAGCCUGCCCAUCGACGAGCUGGGCUUCGGCUUCAGCGUGCUGCCGCUCUACAGGGACCAGGCGGCCGUCGCUGAGGCCCUGGGGGGCCUGACCAGCAUCAAGGCCCCCCUGGACAUGGACGAAGAGCUGCCGGCGCCCGAGGACGGCGUGCUGGUCCACGGCAUGUUCAUGGACGCCUGCCGCUGGGACGACGUCGCCAUGGCGAUGGAGGACGCGUUGCCGCGGGAGAUGAACCCGCCGCUGCCCGUGGUCCACUUCGAGCCGCGGCUCAACUACGACCCCGAGCCGGCCCUGUACCAGGCGCCGCUCUACAAGACCUCCGCCCGGGCCGGGACGCUGUCCACCACCGGUCACUCCACUAACUUCGUGGUGACGGUUCUGCUGCCGACCAGCAGACCAAGUGACUACUGGAUCUCCAAGGCCUCCGCACUGCUGUGUCAGCUCAACGAAUAACACACACACACUGACAAACACACACACACACGCAACAAAACACACACGCACACACACACACACACACACACAACCCACCUCCUCCAUUCAGCCAAAAGAGCUUGAAAAGCACGACUAAGAUAUUUUUCAGAAACUGCCUGAAGAGGUAAAACUUCCUUUUCAUCUCAUGUUUUCCUCUACCUUCAUAAAACGCUCCGUCUGA